GAUUUUAAAGUUUUAGUCAUGAAAGCCUACGUGCCCGUCAGAAAACUUGUCAAAGCAGUUUCUACACAUCGUGGUGCCAAAUGGGAGCGUCGUAACUCUUUGCAUGAAUGUCUGGACUCAUCCAAAGAGCCGAGAAGAAGAAAGGAUGUAAGGAGGAAAUGGAAGGCCUGGAUCACGAUGCUGCUAUUCACAUCAGGAGUGUACUACAUCUACACGCACCGGGCAGACCUGUUCCCGGAUUUAUUUGAACGUGACCUGCCAGUUAUUGCAGAGGUUGUAGCUAAUACUGAAGCUUAUACGAAAGCAGCAAAAGUGCUUCGCCCAUCUAAUGCAGUGGACACCAUUGAAAGUUAUGACCCAAAAACGUUGGAAUAUCCUGACGAAGCGAUUAAAUACAAAAACGAGUCGCUAGGUUUUGAAGCAGAAGCGCGGACGGAGGCUCAAAAUUUGCCAACUUGCAGGCUGAAGGAACCACUUGGAAAGGUACAUAUAAAUAAAACGAGUGUUAAUUAUACUGAUGAAAAUAUACAUCCUCAAGUGAAGAAAGGAGGUUAUUACCGGCCUUUGGAUUGCAAACCUAAGCAUCGAGUCGGUAUAAUUGUGCCAUAUAGGAAUCGCUUACACAAUUUGGGCAUAUUCUUAUACAACAUACAUCCAUUUUUAAUGAAUCAAAAGUUGGAGUACCAAAUAUUUGUCAUUGAACAACAAGACAAAGGCCUCUUCAAUAAAGGACGUCUCUUGAACGCCGGGUUCCAAGAGAUGAUGAAAUUCAACUCGUUUCAUUGCGUGAUAUUCCAUGACUUGGAUUUGCUGCCGCUGAACGCCAGCAUUCUGUACACAUGCCCGAUGCUGCCGAGACAUUUGUGUGCGAAGGUUGACGAUACAGUACUCAGAAGGGAAUACAAUAUGACGUUCAAAUUCAAGUCAAUUUUCGGUGGUGUCGUCGCCAUGACUGUGGAACAGUUUCAGAGAGCUAACGGAUACUCCAACCUUUAUUUCGGAUGGGGAGGAGAGGAUAACGACAUGUUUUGGAGGCUCCGCGCCGCCGGCUAUCCCAUUGUGAGGUACAGUAAAAAGGUUGGCGUAUACGAAGUCCUUCCUCAUGAUCGUGAACCUGAAAAUCUUUUCAGGUUUCAUUUACUAAGCAGAGCAAUGGAGAGAUACAAAACGGAUGGACUUGGCGAUUCUGAAUACUAUGUAAUAACGACGAAGUUUUAUCAUCUGUGCACGUAUAUGUUGGUGGAUAUUAACCCGAGAGGCGAUAAUAUUACCGAAAUCAAUAAUAAAUGGGCGAAUACUAGUGUCAAUACUGUCAAUUAUAAACAAUAAAGCGUUACAAGAAUUGUGGGACUUUUAUAUGAACCUCCUGUAAUAAACUAUCUAUAUAUGGAAGUGAUAUAAAAUUUACGUAAUAAUAUGUUAAAUUGUUCGAACAAAUCUGAGUAUGAACUGCCACUUAUCUGAACAUACUUCCCCUCAGAAAGUUAGGCAUUCUUUUUCGUGUUAUUGUUCCUAGUAAAUAGUCGAACGACAUUUUUCUUCAUAUUUUAAAUUCAAUUCAAAUAGGUAUCUAAAUAACGUCGCAUAUAAAAAUU